UGAGUGAUUUAGUGUACCUGAGAACAAGCCAGUCUAAGAUGAGUGACUGUGGAGGAGAAGACUGGCAAGAAGAGACUGUUGGAAGAACCACAUGAUGUUGAGGAAGGUAGAAGUAAAGGCUCCAAGGAAGCUAAACUGGAUAAAGCGUCCGAGGUGCCUCCAUUAACCCCCAGUCUAACGGUCCUUACGCUAACCGCUGACGACUGGAGCCAACAGGAGUCGUCGCCGAUCCAGUCUAAAGAUGCGUACUCUAGGGUGUCGGCCACGGAGGAGAACGACGAUGGUUCGGUCAGCUGUGGGGUCAUGUGGAGAGGUGAUUCAGACACCAGGGAGCCGUAUCUGUCGUUAUCACAGGUGUGUCUGUUCUGCCGUAGAGAAUCAAACGGCAAGAAAUUUGACUGUGGGACCCAGACCUACCACUUCUCUCAACCAGUUACUGACAGUCCAGAGCCGACAGACAGUCAGGCACAGUCCAAAGAAACUGCACUAGCCAGUCUAAACCUUAAGACAGUUAUUCAGAAAAGAGGCAGUCAGUCAUUGGUUUGUUGCGUACCUGAUUGUGCGACGCGAUUGGACGAGAGGGAGUGUACAGCCUCGUUUUACACCAUCCCCAGUGACGAGGCUCAGAGGCUCUUGUGGUUGGAGGCUCUCGACAUCAACCUACAGGAGCCAGAGAAGACUCUACACGUCUGUGGUCAACACUUUAUCAUCCCCAAGAGAUUACCAACAGCAAAAGCCAGGACCAGGAAGAAGAAAACAUGUGAUAUGACGCGGAUGUGUUAGCCACUCUCCUGAGGGUCGAUAGCUACCUAUGGGCAAGAUGGUUCUUGAAGACUGUCUCUAAGGGGGCGCAUUUAGAAUCCCAGGACACGAUUCCCCCGGGAAGCGCCCUCACCACUCUGCCAGUGUGUAACGAGUCAACCUCCCUGAGUGCACCUAGGGAGCGAGCCUUCAGCUUGGCGGUCGCUGUAAACAACUGUGCCCGCUGACUCCACCUGGAGAUUGUACUUCAUCUAUUGCAUGGAGCAGUGUCGGCCCAUGUUUGGAGGGAUAACUAGCAGAAAUAUAGUAUCCCGGGCUAAGUAUUGAACCCCUGAAUGAGAGUUCAAGGUACCAGGUGGUUCCUUGUGAAGUGAUAAGAAAUAUUGUAUGUUACUAAUUGUGGAAUUGCCCAGUGUGUUAUGUAUUCAUCUGUAGUACCCAUGAAAGAAUAACCUGAGAGUAUCAGGCUCUAAUCAAGAAGUGGACCCAUUUGUAGAUGGUACCUUUGCGGGCGGCCGAUCUCCUAGCCACCCUAGGGUCCACGGUAUUUCAUCCCCUAGAUCUAAAUAUCAUAGGGGCUCGCCUUUGUUGGGUCCUAAAGAUGUUCCGUGGUUGACCUUAGACGAGUUAGUAGGGUUGGAAGCUCAAGAAACCAUAACCGAGUUUUGUCGUCGAGUAGAGUAUGUGGCCGAAGACCCUCAAGAUAGAUGGGAGGUAGCUACCAGUAGAAUGGAUAGGCGUGUUUCCACCAUGGUCAAAACGAUACGAUACGAAGUCUUUAGUUAAGAGGUGAAAGAAGAUUAUUAGGGGUUGAAGGAAAAGUGGUGAAACUGAAAUACAGUAGGAGUAGAAAGAA